UCGAGCCAUCCUCCUAUGAAAGAUGCUAGGACUCCGCGAUCUACAUCGACUCCGAGAAACGGCAUUGGCACCACAACAUCUGUCCGGUUCCACCACCCAACAAAGGACUCUCAAUCGCAUGCUGAAAGCGGCCUGAGGAGCUUCUCAGGAGCACGACCUGGAACUUACAGCACGAUACCUGCCAAUGAGGCCGGAUACUCGGAGUUGUCGAGGCGGCCCCUGGGGGCAACAGCUAUCCCAGGUCCACUUGGAGUUUCGCAGUCUUCACGCCAACCGUCAUCACGUUUCGAACUCCCACGUACCAUUCUGCGGCCACCCUAAACUCAAUGCAGGUGUCAAUGUCGCCGGACACACGCUUCGACACCACUUCAUCGAGCACUCACGAUUUCACUCGAGUCUUCGGCGUUUUGCAUGAGGAACUCUAUGUGGUCGGUGGCCAAUGCGAGGGACAUGUUUCUGGGCCCCGGCUUGACAUCCACAUGACGACACGUGUGUGUGUGGGAAGUAGCGGUUGGUUUGAAGCGCGAAUCCGUCAGUGCUGGCAGAUCUGACGAUCCUUGUACAAAAGUCUGGCAUCGUUUAUGUCACACAUCGGAAACAUCGGCUCAUCAUAAGCUCAAGAUUACUUCAAGGCUCAACAAGCCGUCCGCGGAUACCCUGAACACACUACACCAGACUUUUCAGCGUUCUAGUUGAGGGCUUCAAACUCUAAGACCUGAGCAGACUUUACUCGACGACCGUGUUCCUGCUGCUUGUUUCCUUGUUCAAUAGACGAAAGGUAGCGGCUGGAAAUUAUCCCUCAGGGCACUCCGUGAUAAUG